UGGAGAGAAUGCACUGGCUUUGUAACCAUGCAAGCAUGAAUUUGAAUCAAGACUCUUCUACCUAACUAGCAGAGUUAGCCAACUUCCCUGACCCUCGGUUUCUCCCUCUGUAAAGUGAAGUUGCCACCUCUACCUUCAGGUGGCUCAAGAGGAAGUGAGGUGAAACCUCACAGAUGCCGGAGUCACAUUAGAAGAAACCUAGCACAGCAGCCCAAAAUCCCUAAAACACAAUUUCCAUCUUGUAUUCGCAGCCCUUGAAGGAUGUAAAAGGGGAAGCCAAUUCAUUACAGCUAUUCUCAAAAGUCACUGCUACCAAUUUCUUUCACAACCUGCAGCUGCUUCUGAACUUGUUGAAGGUCAACUGCCUUAAGAAACCUCACAGCUUUUCUGUCUUUCACCAUCAUCCCCGCUAGUUCUGUAUUCUGUUCAUGGAUCAGAUUUUCCAGUAAGCCCUUCCAGCUUUCCCUCCACUUACCAGGUUUGAUCUCUCUCUAUCCAUUCUUCUGCCUCUGCCGCUGGGCUAGGACCCCAUCUCCCUAGAAGGCAGGGAACAUGUGAUUAAUAAAUCACCAAGAGAGUGAACACAAAAUCCCUAGUGCUCCAGAAGUGCCACCUUCAUUUUCUUCCCCUCCUUUCCCAUCUAAGCUCAAGACCAGAAUGCUUUCUAAGAGAAGAAAUUCUGGAAUUAUGGCAGAGUGAAGCACUGGUUUCUCCAUCAAUCCACUUGGUUCCCAGUUUGAUUUCUUAAGGGCACCGUCUAUGGCCUAGAAAUAUUUCUGGAGGGAGGAGAGACUUUGCUGACUGUUUGAAUGAGAGGGGAAGGGUUUGGGGGUUUCUGUACCCAAAAUGAGGUUCAGUGUCACCCAUUCAUUCAUUCAUUCAGCAAAUAUCUCUGAGCAGCUGUCAAUGCAUCCAGCACUGAGCCAGGUGCAGCCAGGUGCUGCGGGGACAAGAGAUAAGACCCAGCCCCACUCCUAGGGAUCUCAUAGUCUAGGGUCCCCAAAGGGUCUUCGGGUGGGCUCCACUUGAGGGAGUGAUGAGGCCUGGGACGGGCUCCCUGGCAACCAGCGGGUGCUUUCCCAUCCUGUCCCUGAGCCCAGCUGCUGACAUAAACCUCCUCAUGAGCAACUGACCGCGAGAUGCGGCUGUCAACAGGCACUGGGGAGGCCGGCGGAGCAGGUGGCCGGGGAGCUCUGAGGGCAGGGACAUCAGGCCGCAGGCAGCCCUCUGCGCAGCCCCAGAUCUCACCGUCCUCCCAGAGCCCAGGCAACCAGCCGUUCAUUCAGCAAUGUUGACCCAGCACCUUCGAGGCAACGCGCAAGCAAAGCAGACUGAAAUCUUUGCCCUCUAGCAGCGGAGAUAGCAAACAGGACGCCUCUGAGAGCAGGUGCUGUGCUGUGAAUAAACAAUGCAGGAGGACCUGGAGAGACCAGCUGGAGGCAGGGGAGGGACCCCUGGGGAUGGAGGGGUCAGGGAAGGCUCCGCGGGGAGGGGACACUUGGUAGAGCCCUGAACUGCCAGGUGGCCAGGGCCAAAGCAGGAAAGAUCUCCAAGACUCGAGGCCUCCCUCAGCGCCCAGCAACUCCCUUCUCCCAAACGCUUGCUCCAGCACGCUAAUGCGCUUUUUUUACAUUUUCCCUCAGCUCUGCUGGUUUCUCAGUCUUUCCAAAACACAAACGCUACACAAUGGGUGGCUAGUUCUUCAGGAUUCAGAAUGAGGUGCUGGACCACACAUGCAGGAUCUGGAGAGGAGACAACCAGGAACCAAGAACCGAUUCAGCGACUCUGAGCUAUAAAAGGAUAGGGUAGGAAACCAGAGUUUCUUUGGAGGGAGCUGUUGAGAUGCUAAGAAUCCUGUUUCCUACCACUGUGAUGACCCCUUAGGGGUCAUCUGAAGCCUGGUGAGAAGGGCUUCGAGGAGACCACUCUGGCCGGGCCUGAGCGAGUGCCGUCUGGUGUCCCCACACGAACGUCCCAGGCUUUGACGUCCUGCAGCCCUGAGUCUGGCAGGGCGCAGGCCACGGCCGCGCUGCUUUAGUGAGGUCGGACAAGACUUCGCUUGUGCUUUUCCUCCUUCCCUCUCCGGCCAACACUGAAAGGGCCCGAAAACACUGUCAUCAAGCUAGAAGGGAAAGGAGAAGCGCAAGGCAGGAAAACAGAGGAGCCCUCUCCUCGCAAAAGGCGCCCACAGCCUGCACACAGUGGGGUAGGGGAGAAGCUUCACCUUGGAAUGAAGUUUUCCUUAUCCCACAUACUCAGGACUGAACUGAGACACUUUGGAUGGCUAACGUGGCUGGAGUAAGCCCCUAAGGCAUGGGGCCUGCCCACGAAUUCGACUUCAUCCAGGAGCAGGUUUGAAUAGGUCAUGGGUGGGGUGGGGGAGGGCAGGAAGCUGUGUCUGGUCGUCCGUCCUCCAUGAAUCCUCUCCUUCAAGCUGCUGGCUGCACACUCCCCAGCCUACCCAGGGGAAACCCAGACUCCUGCCCUCCCCCGCUUCGGUGCUCGAACCUUCUUCUUGGACUCUCACCUCAUCAGGCCUGUCCCCAGCUCCUGCCUGAAAUGCUCCAUUAGCUGCUCACCCAGGCUGCUAGAGCCUCGGGCUAAUGGCCCUGCCACCCCACCCUUCCCUCUCCCUUCCGGCUCACUGGCCAGCCCGGCCAUCCUCCUGUAGCCCAGCGAGGGGCUCCUGAGCCUCAGAGACAUCUGGCAGCGUCAAGAGGUGAGUCCCUCUCUCUGUGGCUCCUCUCCCCAAAUUCUCCCGGCCCAGGUGCUCCCUAAAUCUGCUAAGGCCUAUCUCUGUGACACUGGUGGGACUUGGCUGGCCCUUAGACUCUCUCCCUGGGGACUCCUCUGCCUGCAUUCUCCAUCACAGCCAGACCCCUCACUUCUCUUCCCCUCAGCCGGGGGUUGCCACCAGCCCUCACCCAUCUGCCGUGCAGGAUCCCCACUGAGGGGGAGCAGCUCGGGCUCUUUCCAGGGAAUUGGGGUGGAGGGGGUAGUGAGGACAGGAGUCUCCUUUCAUUCCAAAGGAAAACCCGUGCUGUAGGGCCAGACCCUGUUCCGAAUCCUCUCUGUUUCUUUCUUCUCUCCCCAGAGCCUUCGAUUCAAGACACCUUCCCUCCUGCGGGGCCGGCAUACCUGCACCCCAUCUUUUCCAGUUACAACCGUGGCUGUUCUCUUUCUUUAAAGAGGUGAUAUAGUGGAAGGAGAGCAGAGGACUUCGCUUCUGAUUCAGGCCUCCACUUGCCCAGUGGUCUGACCACCUGGCUACCCGUGCUCCAGGCAGCUCUAACACCAGUUCGUCGUCCCAGGAGCUCCUCUCCUCUGAGGCGGCGAGACCUGAGGACACGGAGCAAGCCGAGCGCCACGCUGGGGAGCCCAGCAGCCCGGCCCCAUGGACCUGCCUCCCCAGCUCGCCUUCGCCCUCUACGUGGCCGCCUUUGCGCUGGGCUUCCCGCUCAACGCGCUGGCCAUCCGGGGCGCUGCGGCCCACGCCCGGCUCGGCCUCACCCCCAGCCUCGUCUAUGUCCUGCACUUGGGCUGCUCUGACCUGCUGCUGGUGUUCUCCCUGCCCCUGAAGGCCGUGGAGGCCCUGGCCGAGGGGGCCUGGCCCCUGCCGGCCGCCCUCUGUCCUGUCUUUGCCCUGGUCUACUUCGCUCCGCUCUACACAGGCGGGGCCCUCCUGGCUGCCCUGACCGUCGGCCGCUACCUGGGGGCGGCCUUCCCCUUGGGCUACCAAGCCAUCCGGAGGCCGCGCUACAGCUGGGGGGUGUGUGUGGCUCUGUGGGUUGUGGUCCUCUGCCACCUGGGGCUGGUCUUUGGGUUGGAGGCUCCGGGAGGCUGGGCGGACAGCUCCAACAGCUCCCUGGGCAUCAACAAGCUGGUCAACAGCUCGCCGGUCUGCGUGGAGGCCUGGGACCCCGCGUUGUCAGGCCCUGCUCGCCUCAGCCUCUCCCUCCUGCUCUUCUUUCUGCCCUUGACCAUCACGGCCUUCUGCUAUGUGGGCUGCCUCCGGGCUCUGGCCCGCUCAGGUCUGAGCCACAGGCGGAAGCUGAGGGCAGCCUGGGUGGCCGGCGGGGCCCUGCUCACCCUGCUGCUCUGCCUCGGGCCCUACAAUGCCUUCAAUGUGGUCGGCUUCCUGCACCCCGACGUGGGGGGCUGCUGGCGGAAGCUGGGGCUCAUCACGGGGGCAUGGAGCGUGGUGCUCAACCCACUGGUGACCGGCUACUUGGGAGAGAGGACCAGCCGGGGGAGAGCGUGUGUGGCCGGAACACAUGUGGGGACCACUCAGAAGUAGGAGCCACUGCUGGGGGCAGGGGCAUGGAGCCGAGAGCCCUGCUGCCUCUCCCGGCCCCGGAGGAACUGCAGGGCAGCCUUGCCUGGUGGCAUUCCUGGAGCCGCUGAUGAGGCGGGAGAGAAGAGUGGAGGCCAGGAGCCGGGUGGCAGGAGGUAGGUAAGCAGGCCUCUGUCUGCCAGGAUGCCAGGGGCAGAGGUCCUUUUCGGUGGAGAAGCAGGAGGGGAGCUUGUUUCUGAUCUAGGGGAAAGGUCACUCAGAUGAUACACUUUGGAAGGUACUACUAUGAAAUGCUUGCCAAGAACAUUUGAAUUUCUGCAUAAGGAAGGAGGCAGGAGGCAAGAAAAUGACACUGUUGUACCAUUUCAAACUCACAAGGGGGCAGCAUCAGAGCUGUGAAGAGGAAGCUGGCACGAAAAGCUACCUCAGCUCAGAGAGGGAAACUACAAACGACGACGUUAAUGGUUGCAAACAGAUACGGAGUCCUUGAUAUGUGCCAGGCACCAUGCUGGGUGCUUUACAAGCGUUGUCUCAUUUCACCCUCAAACAGCCCUUUGAUUUAGCCGUGCCACUGCUGUACAGUUGGGUAGGUUGUUUACUGCACAAGGGCACCAGCAGCGGGGUCAAGCACUGACUAAAGGCCAGCCUGUGCUUUGCUCACCAAGCCAAGUGCCUGGCAUGGGGCUGCUCCCACCAGUGGAAGAAGGGUCUUAUUCUAAUUUGAACAAAGACACCACGCACUCCUCAAGCGGUGCAUCCUGGUGCAGGGUGGCGUGUGCCUGGAGGGGGUGUCUUUUCCUAAUCUGCACAGAGGCACUGCCUGAGCUAGCUUCAGUCCUGGAGGCAGGUAUAUUAUCAUCUUUAUUUGACAGGUUAGGAAACUUGUCUGAGGCCCCACAGCAAGGAACGGGUGGCAGUGGAAUGUGAUCCUGCAAGGUGGGACCCCCAAGGGCCAGGGGACAUGGGGAAACUUGGGGAUAACACCUGAAGUUGUGGCCCAUUUUGCAAAGGUGAAGGGUGGCGGAGGAGAGUGCCAAGAAGGAGGUAAACACCUGGGCUCCGACAAGGCAAGGAGGUACCAGGCUUGUUCCUCUAAUGACGACCGCACCAUGGGCAUACAGGAGCACGCAAAGUGGGAGCCACGUGCCUGGCAGGCACUACCUGGUUUACACAAGUGAUCUCUUGCCAUGCUUGAACGGGCACAAGGGUAGGGAUUUUUGCUUUAUUCGCUCAUAUAGCUCCUGUGCCUAAAUGGAGCUGGAGUCACAGAAAGCGCUCAGUAAAUAUUUGCUGAAUCAAUGUUCCUAACCAUCCUCCAAAGGAAGUUUUAUUACCCCUGCUUUAUAAAUAUAGAAACGGACAGGCAAGGAAGUUAAGUAACUUGCCCGAGGCUCUGCAGACCAGAAGUGAACUCAGCUCAGUGAAGGGAAAACUCCAGCCCCAGGUGGCCCCACUGCCCCUCCCAUCAUGCCUGGGCUACUCAUUAUUCCCUGCGGGUCACCCUGGCCCCUGGCCACCUCUCAUGACCCCCUUGAGCACUGUCCCUUCCAUCAGGUCCCCAGGACAUGAUGGCUGGCACUGGCCAGUCCUCUGCUUGCAACAUUUUUUCCACUGGCUCUUUGCCUCUAAUUAUUGGUGCCUUUAUUAUCAUCCCAGCACUCAACCCCUAACCUUCAGUACCCCAAAGGAAAGCACCAUGAGGACAGAAACAUUGUUUGGUUCACUGUUAUAUUCUUAACAACUUAAUUGAGGUACAAUUUACAUACCAUAAAAUUCAUCCAUUUUAAGGGUACAGGUUGGUUUUUGCUAAAAUUGACUGAGUUGUGUAACCAUCACAAUAAUCCAGUUUUAAGACAUCGCUCAGGCUCGUUUACAGCUAAUCCCCAGCCCCAUGCAACUACUAACCUACACAAAUCUAUAGAUUUGCCUUUUCUGGAUGUUUUGUAUUCGGGUAUACCCUGGAGAUAUUAUGGGUUUGGUUCCAGACCACCGCAAUAAAGUGAAAAUCUCAAUAAAGUGAGUCACAGAUUUU